GGCAAUGAAAACAUAGCGUAUAAUAUUUCCUGUAAGAAGAGCGGUAGUUCUGCAAGAUUAGCUUUCGCUUUAUUGAUCCUAGUCACUGUGCGGAGAAUAGUAGGAAUGCAACUCUGAUUGACGCUUUCAAACGUCAAGUGUGCAUUAUCUCCAGCCGGGAAUGUUAAUUUUAAGUGAGUUUUGCACGAUUUAAUUUUCCUUUUUGUGUAAACAACUUCGAGCUGAGAACCAAAUUAAUUAACAUUUUAUUCUAAAACAGUCAGCAGAACAUUUUAUGUUUUAUACUACCGUAAAAUAGUUUUAAAAGUUUCAACUACCUUUGGUACAUCAACGGCGUUUGAGGAAUGAAUGUACCUCCGAUAGCUGCGCCAGGUGCGGUACCACCGCCGAUGGGCAUGCCACCAAUGUUUAAUAUACCGCCACCAGGAUUCGGUGGACCCCCGCCACCAGAAAUAGCCGCAGCGUUUGGAGGCAUCCCGCCUAAUACCGAAUGGACUGAACACAAGGCACCGGACGGUAGACCUUAUUAUUAUAAUAAUAAUACUAAACAAAGCUCUUGGGAAAAGCCGGAGGCACUAAUGACACCUGCUGAGCGUUUAACACAUCAAUGCCCUUGGAAGGAGUAUCGUUCGGAUGCGGGGAAAGUGUAUUACCACCAUGUAACCACUAAAGAAUCGCGAUGGGAACCACCGCCAGAAUUUUUGGAUAUGCAAGCGAAAGUUAAGGCGGAAGAGGCUGCCGCCGCAGCCAAAGCUGUUGCUGCGAUGACAUCUUCCAGCUUGGCAGGUAUGGUUCCUCCCGCUGCUCUAGCUAGUAUACUUCCUGCGACACUUCCCACUGUGGUUAAUAUUGCCACACCGGAUAUUCGCUCUCCGAUGACACCGGGUAGUAAUGAAAACUCUUCGUCCGCUCUUGAUCAAGCCAUGGCAGCUACUUUAGCGUCUAUUGAAAUGCCCCAAGCCGGAAAGGAAGAGAAAGAAAACAAUAAAAAAGAAUCUUCUUCUGAAGAGCCCAAAAUAGUAUUUAAAGAUAAAAAGGAAGCUAUUGAAGCUUUUAAAGAUUUACUACGAGAGAAAAAUGUGCCCUCAAAUGCUAAUUGGGAUCAAUGCGUUAAAAUAAUCUCCAAAGAUGCACGUUAUAGUUCGUUUAAAAACCUAAAUGAAAAGAAGCAAACGUUUAAUGCUUAUAAAACACAAAAACUAAAAGAUGAACGUGAAGAAUCACGUCUACGAGCUAAAAAAGCCAAGGAAGACCUUGAACGUUUCCUAAUGUCUACUGAUAAAAUGAAUUCCCAGACAAAAUACUAUAAAUGUGAAGAGUUGUUUGCGAGCAAUAAAAUAUGGACAAGUGUGCCGGAACAGGAUCGUCGUGAUAUUUAUGAUGACUGUAUCUUCAACCUUGCUAAGAGAGAAAGAGAAGAAGCUCGUCUACUGAAAAAGCGUAAUAUGAAAGUACUUGGUGAAUUACUUGAGUCAAUGACGUCUAUAACAUAUGAAACAACCUGGGCGCAGGCACAAUUAAUGCUGCUACAAAAUGCUGCUUUUAAAACUGACGUCAAUUUACUUGGUAUGGACAAGGAAGAUGCGCUCAUAGUUUUCGAAGAUCAUAUACGCUCUUUGGAAAAAGAAGAAGAAGAAGAGCGGGAGCGUGAAAAAAAGCGUCUUAAGCGUCAGCAGCGUAAAAAUCGAGAUGCAUUUUUGUCGCUAUUAGAUGCACAACAUGAGGCCGGAAAGCUUACCUCCAUGUCUUUGUGGGUAGAAUUGUAUCCAAUAAUAUCGGCCGAUCUACGUUUCUCAGCAAUGCUGGGUCAGCCGGGAUCAACACCAUUGGAUUUAUUUAAGUUUUAUGUGGAAGAUCUAAAAGCACGUUAUCACGAUGAAAAGAAAAUCAUACGCGAAAUCUUAAAGGAAAAACAAUACGUAGUUCAAGCAAGCACAUCCUUUGAGGAGUUCGCAACUGUAGUUUGUGAAGAUAAGCGUUCCGCAAAUUUGGAUGCAGGCAAUGUAAAAUUAACCUACAAUGCUCUGCUAGAAAAGGCGGAGGCUGUCGAAAAGGAGCGUCUAAAAGAAGAAACCCGGCGUUUGCGAAAAUUAGAAAACGAAAUCAAAGCUGAAUGGCAAGAGGCAAAUAUUUCUGUACAAGAGCCCUUUGAAGCUGCAAAGAAAUUAGUAGAGCACUUGGAAGCAUUCACUAUAUAUGAGAAGGAGAUUGGAGUUAAGAAAAUAUGGGAAGACUACAUUAAAGAAAGUGAAGAUGCCUGCAGCCAUCACCAUGCACGUUCACGAAAGUCGAAGAAAAAUAAAAAGCAUAAGAAAAGAGCACGAUCAAGCUCAAAAUCGGAUAUUGAAAACGAGCAGGAAGAAAUAGAGCAAGCAAAGUCUAAAAAACGAAAAACUAAUUCCCGUUCACGUUCGGUUAGUUCUAGCCUCAGCAUGGAGAGUGAGCGUGUAUUGAAGAAGAAGAAGAAAAGAAAGAAUAAAAAGUCUUCACGCGCUUCUUCCUGCGAAUCGGAGCGUCCCACAGCAUCACCGAUGGCUUCGCCUUCAGCCUCCCAAAUGGAGGAAAUUGCCGGUGGUAAAAAGAAAAAACGUGACAAGAAAAAUAAGAAGGAUAAAAAACAUCAUCGUUCCUUAACACCAAUCAGUGCGAAUGGCAGCAAUCAAUCGGAUAUUGAAAAUUCUGGCACAAGCUCGAGAAAUGCUGAAGAGCAGGCACUUAGUGAAACUGAACUUGAAUCAAAGCGCGCUGCACUCCUAGCACAGUUAAACGAACAAUUGGAGGAUUGACCCGCCGCCAAUGUCACUUUAGGUUAUAAAUCUACAAGAACAACAAUAACUAGCAAUCGGAGCGGUAAAUGAUUCUGCCAAGUCCAUUUAAGAAGAAAUUAUGUACAGCUAAAGUAGCAGGCAUUAGGCCUUUAUCUCUAAAUAUGUUACAUUUUGUGCAAGAGAUUUUCAUAGCCGCGAAUUUUGUAAGAAUAAUAUUUAUUAUUAAUAUUAAUUUUAUCUUUUCUAUGUAUGUAUUGCACAUAUAUAUGUAAAGAGCUAUGAUGUAUCGCACAUGAAAAAUGAUAAUAAAACACUCUCGUAUGAAUAAUAUAAAGAAAUAAAAUAU